CUUGACUGUCUGUCCUUCGUCAUCGCCGGCCUCUGAUCUCUUUCUCCGGGUAACAAAUGGCCGCAUCCCAGUACUCCACGUCAACAAGCUGCAACCCUCCCCAACAGCACUCGCCAUCAAGAAAUCCUCCUCCAAUAUCUUCGUCAGAAGCAAUCAAAAUUCUACCGAGAUUAUGGAUGCAGAAGGAAUUGCAUCUUCCAUUGAAGGAAAGCUUGUCCAAUAUCUACCACCACCACCAAUAUCUCAUUGUUCAAUAUUUAAAGUGCCAAAUAUGCUACGCAGGGAUAAUGAAAAGGCUUUCACGCCGGAGGUAGUUUCGAUCGGUCCAUUUCACCGCAACAAUACGCAGCUGCAAGAAAUGGAAAAUAAUAAGCUACGGUAUUUGAAAUGCCUCCUCAAUCGAUCAAGAACUAUGGAAUUGAAGAGCUUGGUAGAAGCCAUCGAAAGCAUUGAGCAGGAUUGCCGUAAAUGCUAUUCAGAAGUGGGUGAUCUUAGAAGAGACAAAUUCAUAGAGAUGACGGUGAUUGAUGGUUGCUUCAUCCUUGAAUUCCUCUGUAGAUAUAAGGCCAGAGAUAAGCUGGAAAGAUAUGAAGAACGCAGAUGUAUGGAUACAUAUCAAGAAUUAGAGCUCGGAUGUUUGGAAAUAUAUUUUCGAGAAAUAUCGAUGGAACUAAAAGGAGGGGAUGAUCCUGUGUUCAAAACAUCAUGGAUGCCAAGGAAAAUAGUAGCAGACUUGCUUCUACUUGAGAAUCAACUUCCUUGGUGCGUGCUCGUCUGUUUGUUCAACCUCAUGACCAACUCGAAAACAACUGAUCAGUACAAGAACAGUCUACUUGAUGAUCUUGUUGCCAUUCCUUUUGAGGAGUACAGAAUAUUCCAUUACGGCCAGCACCGGUUUAAUAGGCUUGGAACACACAAGCAUUUACUCGAUUGCUUCCGAAACUAUUUAGUUGGAUCAUGCACUAUAAAAUGGCCUGUAUCUCUGCCUUCAAGCUCGGUACACCCAAAGUGGAUACCAAUUAAGUCCGUGACGGAGCUUUUGGACUUUUGAGUUGGUUUCUUUCGUGCUCCAGACGGAGGAAACUUCCUCGAUGUAAAGUUCGAAGAUGGCAAAAUGAAAAUGCCAGCAAUAGUUAUAGAGGAGAACACAGAAUCUUUGUUUAGAAACCUCAUUGCAUUUGAGCAUUGUGAUCCCGGUAAAGGCUAUGAAAUCACCUCAUAUGCUUCUCUCUUGAAUUGGCUGAUUACGUCUCCCGAAGAUGCACUUCAUCUAAAAAGGAAGGAUAUUCUACGAAUUAUUGGUUUGAGCAACGAGGACACAGCAAGUUUCUUAAACAGGCUGCUUUAUAAUAAUCAUACCAGUUUCCAUGGUUUUCUCUACUCAGACCUCUGCCACGACGUGAAUGAACAAAAUUUAUUCCUCCAGAUGGACGGUAUGGGCAGCACGUCUUAGGCGCGAUUAUUUUAACGAGCCAAUGGAGUUUGUUAAUAAGGCUUCAAAUCAGCCAAGUAAAUUUAGUUGAUCUCAGUGUGUAUUUCUUUCAAUAAGGUGUCUGUGUAAGUGUGGAUCGUUUGCAUC